AUGGAGAAGUUCUAUCGAGGGCUGGAUCCAGUGACGCAAUCAAUUGCAAAUAAUGCAGCUGAUGGUAGUGUCAUGAUCCAGAAUAUGGUAAAGGAGAAUCAAGAUACCCAGCAAACAUUGUUUGAGCUUGCAAUGAAUAUUUCCUUGAUAACCAAGAAGUUUGAUGAGACCCAGAUUAAGAAGGUAAAUAUUUGUGAGGAUGAGCCAAGUAUGCCGAGAGGGAUGUACCAGACCCAAGAGGGCCCGUUUCACGAGGGACCUCCUAUGCAGGUAGAAGAUGCUAACUAUGUGAAUAUUUCUCAAGGGGGUUAUCAAAGACAAAACUACCAAGGUGGGUACCAGAAUCAGAAUCAAUGGAGACCUCAGCAGGGUCAGGGUGCUUACAACAACAACUCUGGGAACUACAAUAAUAAUUAUGGUAGUAUGAACCAAGGGAGCUACAACAAUAGCAAUAAUUUUGGGAACAAGAGUUCCAAUCCUUAUAUACCACCGGAAGGGCAAUCAACAGAGCAAGGUAGUUCGAGGGUUGAAGCAAUGCUUGAGAAGAUACGGGAUAUUUCUAGAGAGCAGCACCCUCCUAAAAACGGAGGACUUCCGAGUGACACUGUUUCAAAUUCGAAGAACGGGGGAGGCGGUGUAGACCGUGUGUUCACUAUCAGUACUAGGAGUGGUAAAAUACUCCAAAGUUUUGAUAAGAAGGUUGUUGAGCUUGAGCCGAUAGAUGAAGAAGAAGAGGUGCAGUCUGAAGCACCAAUUAUUAUUGAUGAGAAUCUGACUGACGAGAAGGUUGCUGAUAUUUCAAAGAUUGUGAAGGAGGCUGAUGACAUGAACAAGCAAACUGUGAAAGGGGCUCUCUACCCUUUGACUCAUUUCAAGUCUAAACCUCCCUUUCCUUAA